AGUCAGACACACAGACUCAUGACGGAUAAAUAUUCGCUAUGCUCCCUUGACAUUCAACAUAGGUGGACUUCAAUCCAGAAGCCACUCGCCUGGAUAAACUAUAAAGCUCGUACCAAUUUCGCGUGUGUGACGUAGCUUCGCUGUUCAACCUACAAUUGUCGGCGAGAUCGGCCUCGCCUCAUGGUCGAAAGAUCGCGGCGAGUCAUAUUCGCUGGUACGCUGGUACGCUGGUCAAGCAGAGACUGCUGUUAACUGGAAAUCGGGAUUGAAGUAACAUUUUUCAAACUUGAAAGCUGCUGUGGCUUUAUUCUAUUGCGCAGCCAGCAACGACAAGAUGAACGAUAACAUAGGUGCCGGGACACUUUCCAGAUCAACGCCGAACAACAUGGGCGAUGAUCAUGUGCGAUCAGAUCAAGAAGAGACAGAAAUCGCAAUUGAGCGCAGGAUCAUCCGCAAGCAAGAUACGCAUCUGAUGCCGUUGCUCUUCGCAAUCUACCUACUAUCAUUCCUGGAUCGAUCAAACAUAGGCAAUGCGAAGAUCGCCGGCAUGCAAGAUGACUUGAAGCUUUAUGGCGAUCGUUACACAUGGCUGUUGAAUAUCUUCUACAUUGGAUACAUUCUCUUCCAAUGGCAGACCAUGUUCUUCAGGGUACUUCCUCCACAUCGUUUUGCGGCAUGGGUGGUGUUCUCCUGGGGUAUAAUAGCUACUUGUCAAGCAGCCGUUCAAAGUUGGGCUGGCGAAAUGGUGCUUCGCUUCCUGUUGGCGGUAUUCGAAGCACCUAUCAUCGGGCUUACCUACAUUCUCUCCUUCUUCUAUCUACGACGAGAGCUGGGGUUCCGCUGUGGCUUAUUCGUCAGCGCAGCACCGCUGGCAACCUGCUUUGCUGGCGCACUCGCAUACGGGAUCACUUCUGGCCGUACAGAUAUCGCGUCAUGGCGCCUGCUUUUCCUCGUUGAAGGUCUUCCGACAGUCGCUCUGGCUCCAAUAGUCUAUUUCUUCCUGCCUGACUCUCCCGACAAGGCCAGGUUCCUGAAUGGCGACGAGAAGCAAGUCGCGGUCCGUCGCGCUGUCCGACAGAAUGGUCGAAAGGGCCGCGUAGGCAGCAUCACCCUACGAGACACAUUGAGCGCCUUGACUGAUUUGAAGGCUUGGCUGAUGGCACUCAUGUAUUUCUCAUGUAAUGUGUCCUAUGCUUCUCUGCCGGUCUAUCUGCCGACGAUCAUACAAGAGUUUGGAUAUCGUGGUGUCGACGCGCAAGGAUUAUCAGCACCGCCAUAUUUUCUCGCCUUCUGGACAACUCUACUCUCUACCUACAUUGCCGACCGUACCCAACAGCGCGGUCUCACCAUCGUGUGCUGUUCGCUCGUCGGCGCCAUCGGCUACAUCAUGCUCGCAACGACUCAAGGUACUGGACCGAGAUAUGCCGGAACCUUCCUCGCAGCGGCGGGCAUCUUCCCCUGCAUCGCCAAUUUGCUCCCAUGGCAAAUGAACAACCAAGGUAACGAUACUCGGCGCGGCAUCGGUCUAGUCAUGCUCAGUUUGAUCGGUCAAUGUGGACCCCUGGUCGGCACCAACAUCUAUCCACCAGAAUCUGGCCCUCGAUACCUUAAAGGACACAGCAUUUGCGCGGCCUUUAUGUUCUUCGUCGCAAUACUUGCACUCUCCCUGCGGUUCCUCCUAGCUUAUGAGAACCGCAAGCUGGAUCGUCAAUAUGGUACUGUGGCCGAGCAGAAGGCCAACGCAGAGACAUCGGACGAUUCGGAUGCUCAGUCACAGGGCGUCGAGAACUACGGACCGCUCUAUCGCUUUGUUCUUUGAUGUAUUCUCAUCUUUGUAUGUUUUCAAGCUCUGUGACGUCGCAGGUGAAUGUGAUGACAUUGAAUGCGAACGAAUAGCUGACUUGCGUCUGAUAUGGACGAUGCGGUGC